UCUCAGUGACUGUGAGGUUUUGUCCGUGUGAAGCUUGGCUGAAGCUCCAAAGUCUCUGUGACUGGAUGUGAACUGAGCAGCUGAACAUCUUCCAUGUUGUAGUGAGUGAGUGCAGCUCUCCCAGCAGCUGUUUCUCUGCUAUGGAUCAGUGUGAGGACAGAGAGGAGGGAGUCCCUCCCUCUAAAAGCUCUCUGUGUGGGGAACAUGACAGCCAGACCAAAGCUCAGAGGAUGCAGCAGCAGAGAGCAGACUCUCCUGAACCCAGCUGUGUGUCCAUGAAGAGUGACCGGUCUAUGGAUCAUCCUUUUAACUUUAAAGAUGGACAACCUGCUGAUGGAAGUAUCAGGAUGCAGCAGCAGAGAGCAGACUCUCCUGAACCCAGCUGUGUGUCCAUGAAGAGUGACUGGUCUAUGGGUUGUCCUAUUAGGUUUAAAGAUGGACAACCUGCUGAUGGAAGAGUUCAGCAGCAGAGCUCAGAGGUUCCCAGUGAUCAGUCUGCACAGCAGCAUCAAACACAGCUGGACUCCAUAUUUAUGCUGCUGGAGGAGAACAUCGUCACUUUUGUGAAGAACGAGCUGAAGAGAGUCCAGAGGGGUCUGAGUCCAGAUUACCCAGAAUGCUUAGAGAGACAGAGUGAGGAUGAGGAGGUGUUGGACGGUGAGGAGGAAGAGCAGAGGAGGAGCAGCAGAGAGGCAUUUCUGAAGAUCACACUGCACUUCCUGAGGAGAAUGAAGCAGGAGGAGCUGGCUGAGCGUCUGCAGAGCAGAACUGGUGCUGCAAAGUGUCGACGUAAACUCAAGUCUAACCUGGAGAAGAAGUUCCAGUGUCUGUUUGAGGGGAUCGCUAAAGCAGGAAACCCAACCCUUCUGAAUCAGAUCUACACACCGCUCUACAUCACAGAGGGAGGGACUGCAGAGGUCAAUGAUGAACAUGAGAUCAGACAGAUUGAAACAGCAUCCAGGAAACCAGACAGACCAGAAACAACAAUCAGACAAGAAGACAUCUUUAAAGCCUCACCUGGAAGAGAUGAACCAAUCAGAACAGUGAUGACAAAGGGAGUGGCUGGCAUUGGGAAAACAGUCUUAACACAGAAGUUCACUCUGGACUGGGCUGAAGACAAAGCCAACCAGGACAUACACUUCACAUUUCCAUUCACUUUCAGAGAGCUGAAUGUGCUGAAAGAGAAAAAGUACAGCUUGGUGGAACUUGUUCAUCACUUCUUUACUGAAACCAAAGAAGCAGGAAUCUGCAGGUUUGAAGAGUUCCAGGUUGUGUUCAUCUUUGACGGUCUGGAUGAGUGUCGACUUCCUCUGGACUUCCACAACACUGAGAUCCUGACUGAUGUUACAGAGUCCACCUCAGUGGAUGUGCUGCUGACAAACCUCAUCAGGGGGAAACUGCUUCCCUCUGCUCGCCUCUGGAUAACCACACGACCUGCAGCAGCCAAUCAGAUCCCUCCUGAGUGUGUUGGCAUGGUGACAGAGGUCAGAGGGUUCACUGACCCACAGAAGGAGGAGUACUUCAGGAAGAGAUUCAGAGAUGAGGAGCAGGCCAGAACCAUCAUCUCCCACAUCAAGACAUCACGAAGCCUCCACAUCAUGUGCCACAUCCCAGUCUUCUGCUGGAUCACUGCUACAGUUCUGGAAGAUGCGUUGAAAAGCAAAGAGGGAGGAGAGCUGCCCAAGACCCUGACUGAGAUGUACAUCCACUUCCUGGUGCUUCAGUCCAAACUGAAGAAGGUCAAGUAUGAAGGAGGAACUGAGACAGAUCCACACUGGAGUCCAGAUAGCAGGAAGAUGAUUGAGUCUCUGGGAAAACUGGCUUUUGAGCAGCUGCAGAAAGGCAACCUGAUCUUCUAUGAAUCAGAGCUGACAGAGUGUGGCAUCGAUAUCAGAGCAGCCUCAGUGUACUCAGGAGUGUUCACACAGGUCUUUAAAGAGGAGCGAGGGCUGUACCAGGACAAGGUGUUCUGCUUCGUCCAUCUGAGCCUUCAGGAGUUUCUGGCUGCUCUUCAUGUCCAUCUGACAUUCAUCAAGUCUGGAGUCAAUCUGCUUGCAGAAAAAACAUCCAGGUGGUCUAAAGUCUUUAAAGACAAACCUGAACCAACACGUUUCUACCAGAGUGCUGUGGACGAGGCCUUAAAGAGUCCAAAUGGACACCUGGACUUGUUCCUCCGCUUCCUCCUGGGUCUCUCACUGCAGACCAAUCAGACUCUCCUACGAGGUCUGCUGACACAGACAGGAAGUAGCUCACAGACCAAUCAGAAAACAGUCGAGUACAUCAAGAAGAAGAUCAGUGAGAAUCUGUCUGCAGAGAGAAGCAUCAAUCUGUUCCACUGUCUGAAUGAACUGAAUGAUCGUUCUCUAGUGGAGGAGAUCCAACAGUACCUGAGAUCAGGAAGUCUCUCCACAGAUAAACUGUCUCCUGCUCAGUGGUCAGCUCUGGUCUUCAUGUUACUGUCAUCAGAAGAAGAUCUGGACGUGUUUGACCUGAAGAAAUACUCUGCUUCAGAGGAGGCUCUUCUGAGGCUGCUGCCAGUGGUCAAAGCCUCCAACAAAGCUCUGUUGAGUGGCUGUAAGCUCUCAGAGAGAAGCUGUGCAGCUCUGUCCUCAGUUCUCAGCUCCCAGUCCUCUAGUCUGAGAGAUCUGGACCUGAGUAACAACAACCUGCAGGAUUCAGGAGUGAAGCAGCUUUCUGCUGGACUGGAGAGUCCACACUGUGGACUGAAGACUCUCAGGUUGACUGUCUGUAACCUCUCAGAGAGAAGCUGUGCAGCUCUGUCCUCAGUUCUCAGCUCCCAGUCCUCUAGUCUGAAAGAUCUGGACCUGAGUCACAACAACCUGCAGGAUUCAGGAGUGAAGCAGCUUUCUGCUGGACUGGAGAGUCCACACUGUGGACUGGAAACUCUCAGGUUGACUGUCUGUAACCUCUCAGAGAGAAACUGUGCAGCUCUGUCCUCAGUUCUCAGCUCCCAGUCCUCUAGACUGAGAGAUCUGGACCUGAGUCACAACAACCUGCAGGAUUCAGGAGUGAAGCAGCUUUCUGCUGGACUGGAGAGUCCACACUGUGGACUGGAAACUCUCAGGUUGAGUGACUGUAACCUCUCAGAGAGAAGCUGUGCAGCUCUGUCCUCAGUUCUCAGCUCCCAGCCCUCUAGUCUUAGAGAUCUGGACCUGAGUAACAACGACCUGCAGGAUUCAGGAGUGAAGCAGCUUUCUGCUGGACUGGAGAGUCCACACUGUGGACUGGAAACUCUCAGGCUGAGUGGCUGUAACCUCCCAGAGAGAAGCUGUGCAGCUCUGUCCUCAGUUCUCAGCUCCCAGUCCUCUAGUCUGAGAGAUCUGGACCUGAGUAACAACAACCUGCAGGAUUCAGGAGUGAAGCAGCUUUCUGCUGGACUGGAGAGUCCACACUGUGGACUGAAGACUCUCAGUCUGUCAGCAUGUCUGAUCACAGAGGAAGGCUGUGCUUCUCUGGCCUCAGCUCUGAGCUCCAACCCCUCCCAUCUGAGAGAGCUGGACCUGAGCUACAAUCAUCCAGGAGACUCAGGAGAGAAGCUUCUGUCUGCUGGACUGGAGGAUCCACACUGGAGACUGGAUACUCUCAGGAUGGACCAUGGUGGACUGCAGAGACUGAAACCUGGUCUGAGGAAGUAUGCCUGUGAACUGGAACUGGAUCCAAACACAAUGAACAGAUUCCUCAAACUGUCUGAUAACAACAGGAAGGUGACACGUGUGAAGGAGCAUCAGUCAUAUCCUGAUCAUCCAGACAGAUUUGACUCCUGGCCUCAGCUGCUGUGUAGAAAUGUUCUGACUGGUCGAUGUUACUGGGAGGUCGAGUUGAGAGGAAGAGUUUAUAUAUCAGUGAGUUACAGAAGAAUCAGCAGGAAAGGAAACAGUUAUGACUGUAGGUUUGGAUGGAAUGAUCAGUCCUGGAGUCUGGACUGCUCGGAUGGUGGUUACUCUGUCUGUCACAAUAAGAUAAAAACAUCCAUCUCCUCCUCCUCCUCCUCCUCCUCCUCCUCCUCCUCCUCUGUCUCUAACAGAGUAGCAGUGUAUGUGGACUGUCCUGCUAGCACUCUGUCCUUCUACAGAGUCUCCUCUGACACACUGAUCCACCUCCACACCUUCAACACCACAUUCACUGAACCUCUGUAUGCUGGGUUUGGGCUCUGGUCUGGUUCAAUGUCUCUGUUUCCUCUGUAGGAGGGAGAGUCUCUCUGUGUCCUCUGUAGGAGGGAGAGUCUCUCUGUGUCUCUGUAGGAGGGAGAGUCU